AUGAACAUCAGGAGUAACAGGAACAUCAGGAGUAACAGGAACAUCAGGAGUAACAGGAACAUAAGAAGCAGCAGGAGUAGCAGCAGGAGCAGCAGGUACAACAGGAACGAACAGCAGGGGCAUCAGGAGCACAGAGAACAGCAGGUAAAGCAACAACAUCAGAAGCAGCAGGAACAUCAGGAGCAGGAGCAAGAACAGAAGGGCAGCAGAUACAGCAGGAAAGUAAGGAGCAGCAGGAACAUCAGGAAGAUCAGGAGCAGCAGGAACAUCAUUAGCAACAGGAACAUCAGGAGCAACAGGAACAUCAGGAGCAACAAGAACAUCAGGAGCAGCAGGAACAUCAGGAGCAGCAGGAACAUCAGGACCACUAAGAGCAGCAGCAGGUACAGCAGGAGCAGCAGAUACAGCAGGAACAUCAGGAACAGCAGGAGUAGCAGGAAAAUCAGGAGCAGGAGGAGCGAACAGCAGGGGCAGCACGUGCAACAGGAACAUCAGGAGCAACAGGAACUUCAGGAGCAGCAGAAGCAACAGCAGGUACAUCAGGAACAGCACGAACAUCACGAGCAGCAGGAACAGCAGGUGCAGCAGGAGGAGGAGCAGCAGGAGCAGCAGUUUCAGGAGCAUCAGGUGAGUGUGCCCUACCCUCUCCAUACUUAUCCCAUCCCUUGUCUCACCCACUGA